UCGCACACGCAACGCAAUACCAAGCCUUUUAAAUACCGCCGAACCCCAUCAUUCAGUAUUCAGUUCAGUGUGAUGGAGCUUCAACUAACCUUCCUGUGGCUAUGGCUACUCCUGCAUCUAACGUUGGCAGCCGACUUUUUGGAUGUUUUAAAAGGUGAUGGCUUCGGUGGCGCAAAAAAGCGCUUGGUCGUCAACCGGAUCGGACAGUGUCCCGGCCACAAGAACCUGCCCAUCUAUUUUACGGACUUUAAAGUUUCGCAAUACAAUGCAACCAACUACGUCGUCAACGGGGAGGUCAUCUUCAAGGAGGAUUUCCCGAACGGAUGGACCGGCUCGGCGACGGUGAAAAGGUGCGACGAUUUCAGCGCAGCGGCAAACUGUCGUCCAUUUUUGAACAACAUUGCCAAUACGGAUGUGUGCACUUUGUUGGCUGCAUCGGAUGCUAUGUACACGAGAUAUUUUGACAAAAUGGUCCCGAAGCCACAGUGUCCGUUCAAAAAGGGAAGCUACAUACUGAAGGAUCAGCUGGUAGAGGACGAUGUGGCACGAUUUCUGCCGGGGUCCGGGAGUACCUACUGGGAGGUGCGAUCUUCGGGGAAGAUUGGCGAUCGCAUGGUGUUGUGUUUCAUCCUACAGCUGAAUUCACGCCCGAGAAAGACGAAGGAAUCCUAG